AUGAUUGUGUAUGGCAAAGCAUGCCACCUUCCGGUGGAGUUAGAACAUAAAGCUUUGUGGGCAUUGAAAACCGUUAACCUUGACCUUACUGAAGCCGCAAGGAGAAGGUUCUUUCAAAUCCAUGAAUUAGAGGCUCUAAGGGAUGCCGCCUAUGAACGAUCUUGGACGGGGAAGUUGAGAUCGAGAUGGACCGGACCGUAUGUGGUAAAGGAGGUGUUUCCAUACGGUACUGUCGAGUUGUAUGACGAAGUUGAUAAAGGUGUGUGGAAGGUAAAUUGUCAUCGAUUGAAACACUACUUGGGAGGUCCCAUUGAUACCACCGAGGAGGAAGAAAUUCCUCUAGAGGACCCACCCACCUUCACCGAAUAA